GGGUCUCGGCGGAACGCAGCUGUCCUGAGCAGUAGAGAGUGGACGAGUAUUGUGGGAACAACAGGAGGUGCAGGACACACAGAGAGCCGUGAGAGAAAAUGAGAAGGAGGUGAGAUUCCAACAUGAAAUGUAUCCAACUGCAGCAGAUGAAGCUGAGAAAGAGCGGACAUGACGGAGGAAAUGCAAAGAUUAGGCACGAGAGCAAGAUAAAGAACAGACUGGAGUGAGGAACGAGUGAACAGGACAGAAGGAGCUCGAUCAACUUCCAGCGGGAAACAGGCCUGAUGGGAAAAGUUUAGUAGUCGGGACAAUGGAGGAGCUGAGUGGCGUUAAACACCACAGAAGAAGAAGCAGCAGCCCGUAUGGAUGUUGUGUUUGCUACAGGAGCAGAGGAAACAUGUCAGCCAGGUCUAAAUAACGAUAAAACCACCACCAGUUGUUUUUUCUUGUUUGAUUCUACGAUCUGUGGAAAAUGUCCAGAUUUCAGGAUCUUAAAGAUUCGUUCAAACGGCGGCUGCUGACUGCGGUUCGUAAAGAUCUGUUUGGACAUUUGGAGAGAAAAAUAUCUGAAUAUGAAAAGGAGAUCGACCGCAACAGAAAACUGCUGGAUCUGGUUUCAAACAGCGACUUAAAGCGGCCAGGAUCAGUGUGUCCUGCAGACGUCCAACAGCUGCUGGUGACUAAAGAAGAGGUUCCCUCUGAGCAGCAGGAGUGGAGCUCCAGACUGGACCAGCAGGACCCAGAGCCCCCCCACAUUAAAGAGGAACAGGAGGAACUCUGUCUUAUUCAAAGACCAGUAGGUGCUGAUGGAGAGAACUGUGGAGGAUCAGAAUCAGGCAGGAAGUGGGAUCCAGACUGGCAUCCACACCCAGAGAGUGACGCAGAGGAUUCAGACUUUCCUGAACCUGAGAGUGAGGACAGUGAUGAAGACUGGGAGGAUCCCAACAGAAAAUCAACAGACUCCCCUGUUUGUAGUAAAACACUGAUCAUGAAGGGGAGUGAACACAUGAAAACUCACACAGGAGAAAAGGCUAUCAGUUGCUCCUUAUGUGGUAAAUGUUUUACUACAAAAGGUGGUCUGAACUACCACCUGAAAACUCACACAGGAGAGAAACCAUUUAGUUGCUCGGUUUGUGGUAAAAAAUGUAGACAGAAAUCAGCUCUAACAUCCCACAUGUUAACUCACACAGGGGAGAAACAGUUCAGUUGCUCAGUUUGUGGUAAACAGUGUGCACAUAAAUCAACUCUAAAAACCCACAUGUUAACCCACACAGAAGAGAAACCAUUUAGUUGUUCAGUCUGUGGUAAAAAAUGUGGACGUAACUCAAUUCUAACAAAGCACAUGUUAACCCACACAGGGGAGAAACCAUUUAGUUGUUCAGUCUGUGGCAAAAAAUUUGGACAAAGAGGAAAUCUAAAAACCCACAUGUUAACACACACAGGGGAGAAACCAUUUAGUUGUUCAGAUUGUGGUAAAAAAUUUAGUCACAAAACAAGUCUAACAUACCACAUGUUAACCCACACAGGAGAGAAACCAUUUAGUUGCUCAGUCUGUGGUAAAGGAUGUACAGAUAAACCAACUCUAACAAAACACAUGUUUACCCACACAGGAGAGAAACCAUUUAGUUGCUCAGUUUGUGGUAAAAGAUUUGCACGAAAAGAAUAUCUAAAAACCCACAUGCUAAUUCACACAGGAGUGAAACCACUCAGUUGCUCAGUUUGUGGUAAAAAAUUUAGACACAGAGGAGCUCUAACCUGUCACAUGGCAAUCCACACAGGGGAGAAACCAUUCAGUUGCAGCAUUUGUAAGAAAAGAUUUAUUAGGACUACACAAUUCAAAAUUCACAAGUGUGGUGAUGAGUCUUCACAGUUUCAGUGUGGAAAAAGCACAAAACACCUGAACUGUUCUGAAUGUGAUGAAACAUUCCUCAACAAUUCCCAUCUGAUGGUCCACAUGAGAAUGCAUAAGGGACAGAAACUGUUUACUUGCACAAUUUGUGAUCAGAAAUGGCAAUUUAGUUCCCAACUGAAGAGACACAUGAGAACUCAUACAGGAGAGAGACCGUACAGUUGCUCAGUCUGUGGGAGAACGUUUUCAGAAUCAAGAAUAAUGAUGCGUCACAUGGCAGUCCACUCAGGGAUAAAACAAAACAAAGGUGGCUUUAGUGGAGAGGACUGUGCAGGACCAGAACCAGGCAGGAACUCCGGUCCAGAUGGACAUUUACAACCUGAGACUGAGGAUAAGACUGAAGAGUCUUCUGAUCACAAAACUGAUGACAAUUAUUUUUGGAAAGAGAGCAAGCAAAGUCAGUCAGGUUCAAACUCUGUAGAAAAUAAAAUAUUUGAAAGUCAUAUGUCAUUUAAUACUGACAGUGUUUCAGAGUCCUUUAACCAUCAAAACGAUGACGGUGUUUCUCAGAGUGAUCCACCAUGUGGUGCUGACAGGGAACAGGUCAGUCUGAGCCGACAGACAGGGAGGGAGGAAAACCAGGACCCAGAGCCCCCCCACAUUAAAGAGGAACAGGAGGAAGUGUGGAGCAGUCAGGAGGGAGAGCAGCUUCAAGGGCUGGAGGAGGCUGAUAUCACCAAGUUCACCUUCACUCCUGUCCCUGUGAAGAGUGAAGAUGAUGAAGAGAAACCUCAGUCCUCAGAGCUUCAUCAGAGUCAGACUGAGGAGAACAGAGAGGACUGUGGAGGACCAGGACCAGACAGGAACCCAGACCCACAUUUACAGCCUCAGACUGAAGACAGGACUGAGGAGUCUUCUGGACCUGAAACUGAUGACAAUGAUUUCUGGAAAGACAUCAGGAAGCCUCUGUCAUGUUUAAAGUCUCUGAAACAUGAGGAAGUCUCUCAGAGUGAUCCACCAUGUGGUACUGACAGGGAACAGGUUAGUCUGAGCCAACAGACAGGGAGGGAGGAAAACCAGGACCCAGAGCCCCACCACAUUAAAGAGGAACAGGAGGAAGUGUGGAGCAGUCAGGAGGGAGAGCAGCUUCAAGGGCUGGAGGAGGCUGAUAUCACCAAGUUCACCUUCACUCCUGUCCCUGUGAAGAGUGAAGAUGAUGAAGAGAAACCUCAGUCCUCAGAGCUUCAUCAGAGUCAGACUGAGGAGAACAGAGAGGACUGUGGAGGACCAGGACCAGACAGGAACCCAGGUUUACAGCCUCAGGACUCUUCUGGACCUGAAACUGAUGACAGUGAUUUUUGGAAAGAGACCAGACAACGUCGGUCAGUUAUGAAUGAAUCUGCUGAGAGUGAUGGUGAAUGUGAUCUUGACAAGAACCUGUUCAACUGCUCUGACGUCAAUGCGUCAGAGUCUCUUCAGCCUGAGAGUGACGACAGUGUUGACAGUGAUUUUUGGAAAGAUAACCAGAAACCUCAAUUAGGUUUAAACCCUUUGAAAAAUAAUGAAGUCUCUGAAAACGACGUCAGAUAUAAUGCUCUCAGGAAACCGUACAGCUGCUCCGAGUGUGGACAAAGAUUUCUCUACAUUUGUCAUAUGAAGACGCACAUGAGACGACACACAGUGGAGAGACCGUUUGUUUGUUCUGUUUGUGGUCAGAAGUGUCUUUACAAGUCCCAUCUUAAGAUUCACAUGAGAACUCAUACAGGAGAGAAACCGUUUGAUUGUCCAAUUUGUGGCAAAAAAUAUGCUCACAAGGCAAGUAUGCAGUCUCACAUGAUCAUCCACACUGUGGAGAAACAGUACAACUGCAGUGUCUGUGACAAAAGCUUUGCCUGGUUUACGGAGCUUAAAUACCAUCACUGUGUUGGAGAGGCCUCACAUGAAAACCAGGACACAUAGUUACUCUGAAACAGUCCAGUCCACUUCACACAGAGGAUGAACAAUUCAUCUUCAGUGUCUGUGGUUUAAACAGCAAGACCCUGUUCUUAUAGUUCCUGCCUUUAGAUAAGGAAGUGAUUCUCCUUUUAAUUGGAGUUCAAAAACUUCAACCCAAAUUAUCAUUGUUUUUAUUGGUAUUUGUUUUCUCUUUACAUCCUGGAAGUGUAUCAUGUAUUUAUCUCUGUGACUUCUAGCAGGGUACACACCAAAAGAUAAUCAAACCAAAUCCCCCAUCCCAAUCAAGUGGGAAAAGAUUACUGGUUGGUUGUAAAGAUGAUCUUGUCAGAUUCUCCUAUGGUGUGAGGUGUGUUCAGAGUGAUAUUACCCUCCCUGAUAAAUAGUAAAGAUGUUCAAUAUUUCUGAUCAGAAAUCCUGUUGUGUUGGGGGGCACCAAGGAGAGCUGAGCACACUCUCUGUGGAUUGUCAGGUGAAAUGGAACAAUACGUCAUUGGACAUGUUUGUUUCCUUUUUCUUACUGAGUCCUCUGGGCUGGGAAUCAUUUACAAGAUAAACUUCAUGUUGACAGACAACCUUCAUCUCAGACUUUCACUCAGAAAAUCUUUAAUGAACAAAUUGUCAGACGUCUCAGGACUUUGUGUUGUUCUGUGUGUAGAUGAAUUUUUUUAAUAUCUUAGUAUUUAACAGGGAAAUCAGCUUAAAAAAACAGUAAAUCUAUAGCUAAUGCACCUGAAAUGUAAAAAGAUUUUUCAUUAAAAUUUUCGUUUUAAUAAAAUAAAA